UUCCGUAGCCUUUCUUUUUGAACCUUCCUCUGUUUUUCUUCUUCGAACUUUUUCCUCUAUUUUCAACUGCAAUUUUUUCUUUCUUACAUCUACUCUAAUGGCAAAACUUGAAUUUCUUUCCAUUGCAUUCCUCCUAUUUCUUCAACUCACAUUCGCUGCCAUUUUGCCCCAGCCCGCGCCAGCCCCAGCCCCUUCACCCGGUACACAGUCGCCCGCGCCAGCCCCAGCCCCUUCACCCGGAACACAGUCGCCCGCGCCACCCCCAGCCCCUUCACCUGGUACACAGUCGCCCGCGCCACCCCCAGCCCCUUCACCCGGUACACAGUCGCCCGCUCCGGCGUCGUCUCCUUCAGAUCCGGUACAAGCGAGUUCUCCUUCUCCUUACAGCAAUAUCGGCCACAACAACGUUAAUCCGGACGUAAAGAACGCCAGUGGUGGCGGAGGAAUGAGCGCAGGAAAAAAGGCGGGAAUCGUUGUGGGGGUGUUGAUAGCAGCGUGCUUGGUUGUCGUCGGUGGAUUGGUUUACAAGAAGAGACGAGAUAACAUCAGGAGAUCUCAGUAUGGAUACGCCGCCAGGGCAGAACUUCUCUGAAGAAGAAGAAGACAAGUUCGUGAUAAUACAUAUUAAAACAAACAAGAUCAGAAGAGGUUAUAUUCAAAUAAUCAAAUUUGUUACUACUUAUUCUGUUUAGUUAACGAUUUGAGAACUUAUCAUUCUCUCUCUCUAUACUCUUUCAGACUAUUUCUGCAUGAGAUAGAAUUGUUGUAUUCGGCAGUUUACUCUGCACUGUGAUAAAUAUUAGGUUGGGUUUGGAUG